UCGGCAAUUAUUCGUCUGUGAUCGGGUAUCUCCGGGCGAUGAUUGCCGAGUGCACGUUACUAUUUUCAGGCACAUAAGGCACCUCUUGACGGGUUUUCAAUAAGUGAAGAGGGCGACGGUGCAAGAAUCCCUUUUUUCUUUUUAAUUUAAAUUUUACGUGCGGUAGAUGCCGAGAUCGUAGUGGGUUGUGUGCCGCGCAAUAAAACCGUAUGAUGCUGGGAGACGUCUCGGCAGGACUUGGCGCCUGACGGUCUGUCGGUCGUUCCGGCAAAAAUGAAAGAAGCUCGUCGGUCCGAGCAGCUGAUGGCGGCCGAGUGCUGUUCGAGCCUCAGUGUGGCUGAUCGCAGCGUUUAAGUGAGUGUGUGCGUUUAGCUGCGCGAACGUAGUGCGGCUGCCGCGUGCGGAACCGAGAUAAUCCUGUGAAAGAUAGAUUUCGCGCGGCGAGAGACCGCUCGUACGGUUUGCGAGGAGCUGCAUUUCGUAACGGGGCUUCUUUCGCGACUCGAUAUAUCCCCUACACGCAGGCACGGUAUACGGGUAAGCCUGCCAGCCGUUCACGGUUCUCCGGGCGCCGUGAAUCGCAUCUAUAUGUUAAAACGGCGAGAGCCGAAGAAACGAGCCGUAGCCCAAAUCGUCGGUGAUGGUUUCAGGUAACGCGUAAUCCACAUACGAUCAAGGAGAGACACACGGUGCCGCUUCUGUGUGCACGGUGUAGGUGGGAGAUUCGACGUACGACGACGGGGCGUGCGUUCGCGUGUGACAACGCCUAAUAAGCGAUCGCGCCCCUUUUCUCGACCGAUACGAGAACGGGCUGCCAAUUUGCUCGACGAAUAUCAAUCGGACUUGUGAACUUGAUGGCUCUCCUCGGUUGACAAACCCGACUUUGACUAACGUGGUGGCCUGUUACGCGAUACGGAAAAACUCCUCGUGCUAUGCACGCACCGAUAUCAAUUUCCACCCCUCUCUGCCACAGGAACGUCUGAACCAUGAGUUCAUCUUCCUCGACGCGGAAUGCGACCUCCUCGGGGUGGACGCAAUCUCCUUUAGUCGCGUCCAACGCCGAAAAAGUGCAGCCGAGGCACGAAGCUGCCUCCAGCGUUCCACUUCCAUCCAGUUCUCAUAGUGCCUCUGCUACUCCAAACAUGUCGUCAACGACUUUCGUGGACCGGAUAGAUCCCUUCGCCAAGAGAUCUCUCAAGAAAAAGUCCAAGAAGUCACAGGGUUCCUCCCGUUAUCGGAACUCUCAGGAUGUUGAGCUACAGCAGUUACCACAGCUCAAAGAUGUCACACCAUCGGAGCAGGAGGAACUGUUUAUCCGAAAGCUCCGGCAAUGUUGCGUGACCUUCGAUUUCAUGGAUCCAAUGGCAGACCUCAAAGGGAAAGAAAUUAAACGUAGUACACUCAAUGAGCUCGUUGAAUACAUAACGGCCGGACGGGGUGUUCUCACAGAGCCUGUGUAUCCAGAAAUCAUUAAGAUGAUUUCUGCGAAUCUGUUUCGCACAUUACCACCUAGUGAAACUCCAGAUUUUGAUCCAGAGGAAGAUGACCCGACAUUGGAGGCAAGCUGGCCCCACCUGCAAUUGGUUUACGAAUUCUUUUUACGCUUUCUUGAAUCUUCAGAUUUUCAACCCGCGAUUGGCAAAAGAGUUAUUGACCAGAAAUUCGUUUUACAGUUAUUGGAGUUAUUUGAUUCAGAGGAUCCUAGAGAAAGAGAUUUUUUGAAAACUGUUUUGCACCGUAUUUACGGCAAGUUCCUUGGUCUUAGAGCCUUUAUACGCAAACAAAUCAGCAACAUUUUCUUGAGGUUUGUAUAUGAAACGGAGCAUUUCAAUGGAGUCGGUGAACUUCUUGAAAUUUUGGGUAGCAUUAUAAAUGGAUUUGCUCUUCCUUUAAAAGUGGAGCACAAGCAGUUCUUAGUUAAGGUGCUGCUCCCACUACAUAAAGUCAAGUGCUUAUCAUUAUAUCAUGCACAAUUAGCUUAUUGCGUGGUGCAGUUUCUUGAAAAAGAUGCCAACUUGACAGAACCUGUUAUACGAGGCCUCCUUAAAUUCUGGCCUAAAACGUGUAGCCAGAAGGAGGUGAUGUUCCUUGGUGAAAUUGAAGAAAUCUUGGACGUGAUAGAACCUAAUCAAUUUGUCAAGAUACAAGAACCAUUAUUCAGGCAAAUUGCACGUUGCGUGUCUUCACCACAUUUUCAGGUUGCCGAAAGAGCAUUGUUCUUUUGGAAUAACGAGUACAUAAUGUCCCUCGUCGAAGAAAACAAUCAUGUAAUAAUGGCAAUUAUGUUCCCGGCAUUGUAUAGAAUUAGCAAGGAACACUGGAACCAGACGAUCGUUGCGCUUGUUUAUAAUGUUUUAAAAACAUUCAUGGAAAUGAAUAGCAAGCUCUUUGAUGAACUUACUGCCAGCUACAAGUCUGAGAGGCAAAAAGAAAAGAAGAGAGAAAAGGAAAGGGACGAGCUGUGGAAGAAACUGACUGAAUUGGAGGUAGAACGGCGUAACGCGCUCACGGCUACCUUCAACAACCCAGUUCCUGCCACGACAACACCUGCGACACGAGCCCGCCCCUGAGCUGGUGCAAGUACACUACCACGCUGCCCGAUCAUUAGCCCUUAGUUUACGUCGAUUGUCCAUUACACUACAUGCAAAAAAAUUAUUGUUGUUGGUGGAGCAAACGUGUCUCACGAAAUGGCAUUCUUGACGUAAUGUAAUUUCUUUCAUUAGUUGCGCCCGAGGGGCCAAGUAGAGAAGAGGAAAAAGGAACAGAUGAAAGAAUCAGUAAUCAUAAUUUUAUUCUUCUUUGACACGAUGAUGAUUGAUGAGUUCUAAUAUUUUUAUUAUGUACAUUAA